AUUGCUUUUACUGGGCCCAUUUAUGACAUGAUCAGAGUUUGUGACACAGACAAACCAUGCCUUCAUUUGGUUUAUGAGUUGUGGGAUUCUAUGAUUGAAAAGGUGAAGCAAGUUAUUUUUUAUCAUGAAGGAAAGCAAGCAGAUAGGUUUUCUCCUUUUUAUUAUGUGGUUCAUCGAAUUCUUGUUGAUCGUUGGGCAAAGAGCAACACUCCCCUUCAUUGUUUAGCCCAUUCAUUAAAUCCAAGAUUUUAUCGUGAAAAAUGGCUUCAAGAGGGAGAAGGUAGAGUGCCUCCUCAUAUGGAUGGAGAAGUAUAAACUGAGAGAAUUAAAUGCUUUAGGAGGAUUUUUUUCUAAUGAAGAUGAGCGAAUUAGAGCAAAUGAUGAAUUUGCAAAUUUUUCUUUGAAAAGUGGACCUUUUGCUGAUCCUGAUUCUAUUGGAAGUAUGUAUGUUAUAAAUCCUAGGAAAUGGUGGGCAUGUUUUGGUUCUAAUGCACUUUUACUUCAAAGGUUGGCUUUUAAAGUGCUUAGACAACCUACUUCCUCCUCUUGUUGUGAAAGAAAUUGGAGUAUUUAUUCCUUCAUUCAUUCAUGCAGAAGGAAUAAAUUAACUCCAAAACGUGCAGAGGACUUGAUUUUUAUCCAUAAUAAUCUUCGUCUUUUGUCGAGAAACUCCUCCCAAUAUUAUGAUAGGAAGACAAAAUUGUGGGAUGUUUGUGGUGAUCAAUUUGGGAGUAUGGAAGAUGUGGGAGUUCUUGAAUUUGCCAACCUUUCAUUGGAUGAACCAGAGUUAGAGUCUGUUUUGUUUGAUGAAAAUGCAACUACAAGCAUGGAGAAGGAGAAUGAGAAAGACAGUGAAGUUGAGGAAAUGUCAUAA